AUUUUUGGCGUUUAUACGAGCAUAUAUAGUCGCUUAGUCACGUCGGCAUGCUGGUUUUAAGUCUACCAUCGACGGUUACCAUUUUAUGGCUUAUACUCCAAUUUGUCAAUGGAUACAUUGCAUUGUAUUUUUACUUCCGGAACCCGCUGUGGGCGGGAUGCAGACCGCGGAUUUCAAAAAAGAAUAACGACUGGUUCAGUAGCAAGACUUAACGUUACAUCGAAAAAGACCAACGGAUGCACAUUAAAACACACUGUGGACAUCAUGACAUCCAUUACUGAUCCAAACGUGAGCGACGUGUUCGCCAGUGCAAUGGAGGAGAUUCACAACAAACAGCUUAAAACAUUUGGGGAGAUAAUUGACAUGACUACAGAGUUGUGCCAGUCCCACAGACAGUUUGUGAAGUCUGCACAUGAUUCAUGUUUAAAGAAAUGUAAGGACGAUGAAAUGCUGUUUGAGAAAAUACAGACAUUCGAAAGAGACUUGGUACAAAAAAAUGCAUCAUUGAAAAGGAAACAGCAUGCCAUUUCUGAAAUGAUAUCUGAGAUUCAGCAGAAGGAGAUGCAGAAAGAUGACAUCAUCCAGAAGAUAGAGAAACUUAAACAAGAGCAAGCCAAGAGAAAAGAGUUAAUCGAGUCUCAAUAUAAAACUAACAAAAACAGACUGAGGAAUCUCCAGAAAGCCAGAGCAGUCUUUCAGGAUCAUUUGGACAUGGAGAUGCGAACAAUCUCUGGCAAAACACAAUUGGUUAAAGGUGAAAAGCUGCAGUUUGUUUUCCGGAAUAUCAGCCCUUCAGAUCAGGACAGCGCCUAUGUUGUCACAAUUGGGAUUAAAGAAGACGGAUCAUACCAGAUUGUGUCGAGUGACCCCGUGCUCAAGUGUUUGUCAAUCCUGGAAAGCCGGCUUCAGGAGACCAAUAACUUCCCAGCAUUCCUGGCAAACGUCAGGAAGGAGUUUAUCUCUCUGGCACGCUGCUAAGAUUGGGAGGAUGAAAUACAAUUCAAGAAACGUCUUGCUGCAAUGUGGACUAAUAUAAGAAGCACAGCUUUCAGUCUGUAUCUACAGUACAGGUCUGUAAACGAAACAUCAACUGCCUUGUCAAGACUAAUACUUAUGGAUUUAUUAUACAUUUCUGUGGGCAAUAAGUAAAAAGCUAUUUUUAAAAAAUCUGGACUUCUCAUAAUCACUGGUAUUUGUUUGAACAAAUUGUCUCAUUAUUGAGCAUAGUUUCACAAUUUAGUGGAAACUGGGUAUUUGACAUUGUUUCAAAGAAGUUUGGCAUCUUAACAGAUGUUCUGCGGAAAAUAUCUCUAAAUCCUGAAACAUUCACCAGUUUACCGUAGAUGCUCUAUAAAGUAAAAGAUGAGGUAAAGAUGGAUAAAGUAAUUGAUCAGUCACAGAUGUGGAAGACUCUUUUCUUUUCUCAUGUCAUUACUUAGUUUAAAGUGGGUGGGGAAAAGUGUUUAUAGGCUAGUCUUAUUUUCCUGUGCUCCACUUUUACUUAUGUUAUUCAUGUCUAUCUGGUAAAUUCACUUUUUUUUUUUUUUUUUAAACCACUCACUAUAGUUGAGUUCAUCUGUACACUGUGAUAAAUAAUGAAAAACAUAACUUGAAUAAAUAUACACUUAGGUAUAAAAUUCACAUACAGUAUGAAUCCCUGCAGCAUAAAAACAUCAGGGAGCGCAGUGACAAAACUUAUAGAUCUUGACUUAGAGGAACAUGCUUUUGUCUUUUUAUUAACACUUUUAAAGCAAUUAUCAUCAGUCAGUAGUACAAACAGAAUUUGUAGUUUUAUUUGGAACUAGGGCUGUGUGUGUGUGUUUGUGUGUGUUUGUGUUGCUGAUGGGUCAAGUCAGUCAGGCAUCGGAUGAUUUGACGGAGCUUAACACAGGCAGCUCCUCAACAUAGGUUGAUGGAAAAUGGCCGGUUUUCCCGUCAAGUUUGCCAAUCCACCAACCAUUCUCUUCCUUUCCAUAAAUGUCUAGAAGAUCUCCUUUGAAACAAAAAUUAAGUCAUUGUAUAAGAAUAAUUAUCUAGUGUUUUAGAUGUUCGGCACUUACGUAGCCACUUACCUUCUUUCAAAGUCAAUUCAUCAUCCUGUUGAGGUGUGAAAUUGUACAGGACCUUACAUUUUCCCAUACUGCACAUCUCCUCCUGUGUUAUUUGACCUGUUCAAUGUUGAUAUUUUUAAUUGCUUUAAUUUUAUGAUGCAAUUCCAAAUGUGCUGAAAAGAAAUAAAUAUUUGUGUUGCACUGGAAA